AUGAAUAAAUCUGAAGCCGACCGUGUGACAUUUAUCCUUUAUACUCUAAACUUGGGGGCUCCUGCAGGCACGGGAGGAGGUGGGGAGUGGGCGGAGGCGCAGCAGGAAACGCCUGGGGCCUGGCUGGGCCGGGGACAGCGGCAGCGCGGCGAGCGGCAGCGACGGCUGGAGCCGCAGUGGCAGCAUGAGAGCGGGCGCCGCUCCUCCACGUCUGCGGACGCGCGGCGAGCGGCGGCUCGGCCUGCCGGCUCCAUGGGGGCGCCGUGGAGCCGGCGACGCGGAGGAACCGGGCUGCCCCAGACUCUCUUGGUACUGGCGGCUGCCUGCCUGGUGUGCACUGCGCUGGCCGCCUACGUCUGCUGGGGGCAGCUGCCGCAGCUGCCUUGGACGUCUCCCGCUCCGCCGCGGCCAGUCGGCGUGCUGCUGUGGUGGGAACCUUUCGGAGGGCACCGUGGCGCCAGGCGGCCGCCCCCCGACUGCUGGCUGCGCUUCAACAUCAGUGGCUGCCGCCUUCUCACCGACCGCUCUGCCUACGGGGAGGCGCAGGCCGUGCUUUUCCAUCACCGAGACCUUGUGAACCGGCCCCCCGACUGGCCCCCACCCUGGGACGCCCGGAGGCGCACUGCCCAGGAGUUGGAGCUGCCAGUGGUAGACGUCGAAGAGGAAGCUGCGGCCGAAGCCUUGGCGGUGUCAGGCCCCAGACCCCCGGGCCAGCGCUGGGUGUGGAUGAACUUCGAGUCGCCCUCUCACUCCCCUGGGCUGCGAAACCUGGCAGGCAACCUCUUCAACUGGACGCUCUCCUACCGGGUCGACUCGGACGUCUUUGUGCCUUAUGGCUACCUCUACCCUAGGAGCCACCCCAGCGACCAGCCGCGGGGCCUUUUUCCCUCUCUGUCCCGGAAACGGGGGCUGGUGGCCUGGGUGGUGAGCCACUGGGAUGAACGCCAGGCCCGAGUCCGCUACUACCACCAACUGAGCCAGCACGUGUCCAUCGACGUGUUUGGCAAGGGCGGGCCUGGAUGGCCUUUGCCCAAGAGCGGGCUCCUGCACACGGUGGCCCGCUACAAGUUCUACUUGGCCUUCGAGAACUCGCAGCACCUGGAUUAUAUCACCGAGAAGCUGUGGCGCAACGCCAUGCUGGCUGGGACGGUGCCAGUGGUCCUGGGCCCGAACCGUGCCAACUACGAGCGCUUCCUGCCCCGCGGCGCCUUCAUCCACGUAGACGACUUCCCUAGUGCAGCCGCACUGGCCGACUACCUGCUCUUCCUCGACAGCAACCCGGCAGUCUACCUCCGAUACUUCAACUGGCGCAGGAGCUACGCAGUACACAUCACCUCCUUCUGGGACGAGCCCUGGUGCCGGGCCUGCCAGGCCGUGCAGAAGGCUGGGGAUCGGCCCAAGAGCGUACACAACUUGGCCCGCUGGUUUGAGAGAUGA